AAGUCUGACUGGGUGGUUUCACAGGGUGCAGAGGCAUUUGGAGUCAGGGCACACAUGCUUCAGCUGUGAGAGGCCCCCACUCCCCUUGGCUGGCUGGCAUCCCAGAGCAGAGGCGGACAGAGACAGAGAGGGCUGAGUGUGAGAGACCUGGCGUGAAUAGACAUUUUAAAGAGUUAAGUAAGUUCAGAAGAGGCAAACAAGUGGUCGGUAAAGUUGUCCGAACGGAAAGGAAAGGAUUAGUCACUGGGUUUUGAGCAGAUCGGCUGUGCCGGGUAGGUUUUCAGCAGUGUUUUCUGUAGUGAACUGCAAAUAGCUUUGAUAGUGACUUGACGGUCAUGGCGGAUACAGGUGUCAAAAAGGAGCAUGCAGUCCAUGCAGAAGUCCCUUAUGAUGAUGACGACGAGGUAGCUCUCGUAGGUGCUGCCACUGAGCCAGCGUUAGAUGACGAUGACCCCGCUGAGGAAAGGGAUCCGGUGCUCACCACUGGUUCUGGAGGCAAGAGUGAAGCUCAGAUGAAUGGGGUCAUGGUUCUGUCUCUGCUCGACAAGAUAAUCGGGGUCGUAGACAACAUCCAGCUGACCCAGAAUGGGCUCGAGGCCCGGCAGGAGACCAUGGAGAAGUCCGUGUCAACCAUCCAAGGGGAGCUGACUAAGUUGUCCAAGAACCACAUCGACACGGCCAACACUGUCAACAAAAUGCUGGACAAAGUGCGCAAGGUCAGCGUGAACGUCAAGUCGGUGCGUAACAACCUGGAGAGGCAGGCGGGCCAGAUCAAGAAGCUGGAGAGCAACGAGAAGGAGCUGCUCAAGAGACGCAACUUCAAAGUCCUCAUCUACCAGGAUCAAGUGAAGGUGCCAAAGGAAGCCAAAGCCAAGACAGCACAGUCAGUUGAGGGUAACCCAGUGGAGGGCCUCGAGCAAAUACCCGAGGAGGAACAAGAAGCGGUGAAAGCCAACCUCAAUUCCGAUGAAGAGGUUGAGAUUGAGGAGAUUAUUGAAGAGUCCCGCACAAAGCGCCUCCAACGCACCACCAAGCAGCAGGUGGAUAACAUAAAGAAAGUCUUCUCCAAAGAGCAAAUGGAGAAGAACAAACUAAAGACCAAGGAAAACUUGGAGAAGACCAAGCAGCGCACCCGUGAAAACCUGGAGAAGACGAGGCAGAAAACCCGCGACAACCUGGAGAAGACGAAACAAAAGAUUGGCAAACUUGGGACCCGCAUGACACCCAACAUGGAACGCAGAAAUAAGAUAAGAAGCUCCAAGGACAAGAUAAAGAAGUCCCUCAACCCUGAUCACAAAGUCCACCGCCGCUCCAAGACCACCGUGUAUCGAGUCCCCCCCUUCACCUUCCACGUUAAGAAGAUCCGAGAAGGCGAUGAGGAGGUGGUGCAGAACACGGAGAUGGUGGAGGUGGCCGACGCGGAGGCCCAUUCAGACGGAGAGGAGAACGGGCUCGACGUACACGUGGAGGUGGAGGAAGGGGAGUUGGUGACUGUAGACGGCCCAGAGAUGCACGCUCUUCUGGAGAUGACGGAGGGCUCCCAGCUGGUCUCCGUGGAGCCAGACCAUCUAAAGAAGGCCACAAGUGAAUAAAGGCUCCCGGCUCUACAGAGCCAAGAGACAUAUGGCCCUUUUCCACCAGUACAUACUCUGCGCGCUUCUACUCGCCACGCCCCCGUCUUGCGCUUCUCCACUACGGACCGAGACGGGUAAAGGCGUGCCAAGUAGAUACUUUUUCUGUACCUUUUCUGCCGAGGUUCUGAGCGUGCUGCGUCGGCCCUGUAUCUGACGUCAUCACAAUACACGCUGAGUAGGUACUAGUCGAAAAGGGCCAAUAAAGUCCCUGGCUCUGCAGAAGAGUGAAGAGGUAUACAAGGAUGAAGACGUCUUGAUGAAUGAGUCUGAUCUGAAAAACACAGUCGUGGUUGUGGGGAAUUUCUGGGGGUGAUUGCAGUUUAUUUGUUCUCUAUUCUCUUUUUAUCGUACCAGACAAGAAUGAAUUUAAAAUGUACUCAUAUUUACCAUUAAAAAGAAAAAAAAGAAACAAAGCAAAAACAAAGCUGGCUUUUGAAAUAUCCUUCAUGCUGACUGGUCUGGCGGAUUUGCUGUUUGUUGUUGAUUUGAUUACUUAUUCGCUUAUAAGGGGAAAAGGGCUUUGUUAUUAUAAGGUUAUGUUAAAGGGAUAUUUGGGUUUUCUUUUGAAGCAAUUGUUAAAUAGUUAUUGGUAGUCAGUGGCUGACCGGGCUCGCCGUUCGGGGGAAGUAGAGAAAAUGGCUGACAUGCAAGUCAAGCUGACAACUACUUUUCUACUCUUAUCUCAAAAAUAUCAUAGCCAUUUUAGUAAUUGUUGUAUUUUGGGGUGGGGGGGGCUUCAGGAAGUUAUUUACGUUGUCACUAGAUUUUCUCAACUAAACCAACUGUUGAGAAAAGGUUAACAACAAUUUUAUAUCUGUGUAAAAAUUCCACAGGUUUCACGCUUAUACAUAGUUUGAUUUGACAUCUUUUCAAUGGAUAAAUGUUCUUCAAGUUUCUUUUCUAAGACGUGAGUUUUGUUUGCUUUGUCAACCCUCCUACUUAUGUCAAGGACAUAAGUCGUUCGAAGAAGUCCACUGCAAAACGAAAACAAACAAAAACAUGUACAUAUAUCUCUCUGUGUUUCUCCUGUGUUUGACGAGCACAUUACCAUUUAUAUGGCAAUGGGAAGUAUAUCACAAGAUUUAUGGGAUAAUGAAUGUUUUUUGUCUUUAAUUUUCUGUAGUGUGCAUGAGAAAUAUGUGCAUUUUCUGGGCCUAAUAAAGAAAUGAAUGUGUAAAAGCAAGGAAGAAUACUGAGACUGAACUUAGACAAGCUUCUUUAAAAAAUAGGGUUUUUUAUGCCCUGUAUAAAAGCAGUGGGGCAAAAAAAAACGAUUUACUACCAGUUACUCAAAAACUUUACCAAAUGUAGCUUACACUAUCAAAAAACUUGUGUUUGUUUUUUGAAGAUAAUUCGAAGAAUAUGUACUGUAUAUAUACUGUGCUUUGAUAAGAGAAAUAGUCAUAGCCUGCUAUAUACUUGUGUGAGAGCUCUUUCUUGCGACUCUACUCUGUAUCCUUAAGUGGUCACUAAAUAAAGUAUCUGCUUUCGAUAAUCCAACACUUGAGAUGGAGCUUGCAGUUUAAAAUUGAUCUUUGCUAGAGUGCAUUUUGAUAAGAUGCCAUAUGCUUGAAAGCAUGUUAUUAGUGUUAUGUGUUUAGGCACAUUCACCGUGUUCUGUUUGUUGCACCUUGACAUGGACUCACUAAGUUUUUUGAGCUUCCUUCUGUACAUAGGAGUAUUAAAAGAACUGUGUCACCAUAGAAACCCUGCAUCACAGUGAAUUUACACGUCACUGGUAAAAAGUUCCUGGUGUAACGCAAGCUGAAAAAGGACGGUCUGAAAAGAAGAUGACAUUUAAAUUACUUACAUGAGAGGAAGCUGCAUUUAGAAUGUAGUUAAAGAGAGACUGCAAAUUCCCAGGUAUUGUAAAUGACAUGUCAUUUGAAUAAAUGUCAGAACAGUGCAAUACUUUAAUCCAGUCUACAAACCUUUUUGCAGUGACUAGUUGCAAUCAUGUGUGCUUUUUCAGAAUAAUAAGUAGAUCGUAAAAGACGAGCACACAAGGCUCCAGCCGAGCUGAAGGUGAUGGCCUCUGUUUCUGAUGUGACUUUGUUGUGUUGCAGGCACUGAGAUGCUCACUGUGUGGCAAGGAACACCAUUUAAAUAAUCAAUGGGUGGGGAAAUGCAAUUAAAGAGAGUGGUCACUCAGAACAUUGAACGUGACAGGGAAUAGAGACAAGGAAAGCAUAUGUAUGUAUGAUAAAGUAAUGGUGAAGAAUAAGUGUGUGCAGAUGAAAUACUAAUAGAACCAACAGGAAAUGUCAUUUUUAUAUCUUUCUUGUUGUAUUGAUUUUUGACAAAACUGUCAAAACUGUUUUACGAGACACCUCAUAGUUUGUUGUAGUCCAAGUAGGGUUUAUACAGAUUUGUAGCAACAUGAUGAAAACACAUAACAGCUCUUUGUUGUAAUUAACUCACCUUGCCAGCUUCUUACCAGAUUACCGGAUUAUAUUGUGUUCAAGCCUUAUUGUUCCUUACUGUUCAACAUAAAUAAAUGCUUAUUAAUAA